AUGCGGGCGCUCCGCUUCGUGCGGCAUUCGGCUCUGUGUCCCAGCGGAACUGCCAGACGUGGGACUUCGCAUUUCUCAUUGCCUUGCGCGGUCCCUGCCGCGAAGGUUGAGGUUCGAGUCGGAGAUUUGGUGUCUGAUGGAGGAUUCAGUGACGUCAUCGUGAACUCCGCCAACGAAACGCUCGAAGGCCCGCUUUUUCCAUACUUCCCCAUCGGUGCAGAGUGUGAGAGUGGUGACGUGUACUACCAAGAUGACGUGGUUGACGGUCGAAUCCACAAAGCUGGUGGCCCCGCAUUAGGUCGACUCUGCAGGCGUCUUCCGGAGUUGCCGCCGGAAGACGACCCAGAUGGACCAUUUCCAAGUCCCUACACGCAGCGAUGCGAGAUCGGAGGCGCUCGCUUGACAAAGGUGCCCGAGGGCAGCGAGCUGGUCCAGCACUGCCAGUAUGUUGCGCAUGCUGUCGUGCCAAUCUGGGCCGGAGAUUUGGACUUGGAGGAGCAGAACCGACGGCUUAGCCUACUAAGAAAGGCAUACGCCUCUGCUUUUGCCGCUGCCGCAAGCUCGAGCAGUCCCGUGCGACGCAUCUGUUCGCCAUUACUGGGGGCUGGUGCGAAGCAGUUCCCGAUUGACCUGGCGGCGCGUUGUGCUAGCGAAGCAGUCCUCCUGGAGUUGCGCAGCCCGACGUUAAUGGACUUGGAGGUGAUUGCCUUCAUCGACCUGCGCAAGGACUGCAUUGACCACUUGAUCCACGAGUUCAGCGGAAAGCUCAACCCGGUCAAGUGA